AUGGCUUCUUCCAAUUCCUCAGUGACCGCUCUCUGUGGUUUUCAGCCGAUCCUGGACGUGAAGAACAACAACCAUGUACUACAGGAUCUGGGUAAGUUUGCGGUGGCAGAAUUCAAUAAGAAGCACCAAGAAGCAUCAGCCCUAGUGUUCGUAGAGGUGGUAGAGGCACAGAGCCAGGUGGUGGCCAGUAUUAGAAUCAAAGCAAAGAUGGAAGAAAGGCCUCACUUUCACACUCUUGACGUGUGGGCCGGAACCAACUACAGACUGCAUAUCGAGGCCCUCAAAGCAGGGUAUGUCAGGCACUACAAGGCUCCUGUGUAUGAGAAGCCACGGAAGGACGUCAAGACCUUGACAUCGUUUGAAUCUGUUUUCGCCUGA